AUGGCCCUGCGCGUGCUCUCGGUGCGCCUCGCGCGCGCGCAUCCGCUGGCGCGCGCGCCGUCGGCGCCGGCCGCGCGCCGCCUGAGCGUCGGCGACCCGGCGGCCGUGUCCUUCGCGGGCGCCAUCGGCGCCGGGAGCCGCGACGUGCCGGGUCUCGUGGGCCUGCCGACGCGGCGCGAGCAGGUCGCGGCCCUGCGGCGCGGCGGCAACGACAUGUUCGACGUGCUCGUCGUCGGUGGCGGCGCCGUCGGGAGCGGCGUGGCCCUCGACGCGCAGACGCGGGGCCUGCGCACGGCCUGCGUCGAGCGCGGCGACUUCUCGAGCGAGACGAGCAGCCGGUCGACGAAGCUCCUCUGGGCGGGCAUCCGCUACAUCGCGACGGCGGCCGCGGGCCUGCUCCGGGCGAAGAGCUUGCGCGACCCCGUGAGGGCCUUCCGCGACUUCGGCGGCGAGUUCAUGAUGGUGCUCAACUGCCACCGGGAGCGGCGCUACAUGAUGGAGACGAACCCCCACCUCUGCUCCUGGCAGCCCAUCGCGCUGCCCUUCAGCGAGUGGUUCAUCAAGCCCUACCCCUUUGGCCACGCGGCGUUCGGCUUCUUCCCGAUCCUCUCGCCCCUCGUCUUCAAGCUCUACGACGCCAUGUCGGCCUUCUCCUGCCCGCCGUCCUACGUCGUCGGCCGGCGCCGCGCGCGCGACAUGUUCCCCCAGCUCUCGCGCGAGUCCAAGGGCAUCAACUACAUCCAGGUCUUCUACGAGGCGAUGCACAACGACGCGCGCACGAACGUCGCCAUCGCGCUGACGGCGGCGGAGAAGGGCGCCGCCGUGGCCAACUACUGCGAGGUCGUCGACCUGCUCAAGGACGACGGCGGCGUCGUGGUCGGCGCGGAGGUCCUGGACCGGGUUUCGGGCGACCGCUUCGACGUCCUCGCGAAGGCCGUCGUGCUCUGCGGCGGCCCCUUCACGGACGGCAUGCGGCGGCUCGAGCGGACGGACCCGGACCGGCCCUUCGAGCCCGCGGUCCGCGGCGGCAGCGGCACGCACAUCGUGCUCCCGGGCUACUACUGCCCCAAGGACAUGGGCCUCUUGGACUACAACACGUCCGACGGCCGCUUCCUCUUCUUCCUGCCCUGGCUCGGCCACACGGUCGUCGGCACGACGGACAAGCAGUGCGACGCGGAGACGCUGCCGACGGCGCCCGAGGACGAGAUCCAGUGGAUCUUGAACGAGUGCUCCAAGUACCUGUCGCUCGACAUCCGCGUGAGCCGCGGCGACGUGCUCAGCGCCUGGCGCGGCUGGCGCCCGCUCGCGUCGGACCCCCACGCGGACCCCGACGGCCCCGUGAGCCGCGACCACAUCGUGUCCUACAACGACGAAACCGGCGUCGUCUUCUGCGCGGGCGGCAAGUGGACGACGUGGCGCGAGAUGGCCCAGGACGUCGUGGACAGGGUCACGGCGGAGCGGGGGCUCCGCGCGUCCAGGUGCAAGACGCGGGAUCUCGGGCUCCUCGGCCGCGACGGCUGGGAGAUCACGACGCCCGUGCAGCUCGUGCAGAAGUACGGCGUCGCCGAGAGCGUCGCGGCGCACCUCGCGACGACCUACGGCGGCCGCGCCGCCGACGUCUUGGAGCUCGCGGCGCCCACGGGCCGCAACUACCCGCGCCUCGGCAUACCGCUCGCGGACGGCUACCCCUACAUUGAGGCCGAGGUCCGCUACGCGUGCCGCGAGUACGCGGUGACGGUCGAGGACGUGCUGAGCCGCCGCACGCGCCUCGCGUUCCUCAAUUCCGCGGCGGCGACGGACGCGAUCCCGCGCGUGGCGGAGUUGAUGGCGGAGGAGCUCGGCUGGUCCGAGGCGGAGCGCGCGCGGCAGUUGGACCACGCCUACGCCUACAUGGCGUCCUACGGCGGCCCCGACCUGCGGCGCAUCUUCGACCACAUCGACGCGUCGGGCGACGGCGUGCUGCACCCGGCCGAGGUCCGCGACGCCGCGCACCUGCUGGGCUUCCCGCUCCGCGACGGCGACGAGUGGCUCGACAAGGCCUUCACGGCCAUGGACCCGGACGGCAACGGCGUCGUCACCUUCGAGGAGUUCUCCGCGUGGUGGAACGGCGACUCGGAGCUCUCGGGCUACGCGCGCCGCAAGGCCGCGCUCGUCGACGAGUUCAAGCUCGACAUGGCCAAGCAGCUCACGGCGCCGGGCGGCAAGAAGGCCGCCGCGGGCAACUUCCUCGGGUAA